AUGCAUGUCGAGAAAAAUGUUUGUGACAGCAUUAUUGGGACACUGUUGAACAUUCAAGGGAAGACGAAAGAUGGUGUUAAGGCUAGAAAGGAUAUGAUUGAAAUGGGAAUACGGGAUAAGCUAGCACCACAAGAGUCAGGAAAGCGAACGUACUUACCUCCAGCUUGUCAUACUUUAUCCAAAAAAGAGAAAACAAGUUUUUGUGCCUAUUUAAAUGGUGUCAAGGUUCCUUCUGGUUAUUCGUCGAAUAUUAAGAAACUUGUGUCGAUGAAGGACCUUAAGUUGGUUGGCAUGAAGUCUCAUGACUGUCAUGUAUUAAUGCAGCACAUGUUACCUAUUGCAAUUCGAAACAUCUUACCGAAACAUGUUAGACAUGCUAUUACAAAACUUUGUUUCUUUUUCAAUGCUAUUUGCAGUAAAGUUAUUGAUCUGGAUGUGUUAGAUGAUCUGCAAGCUGAUGUGGUUGUUACUUUGUGUCAAUUUGAAAUGUAUUUUCCUCCAUCUUUUUUUGAUAUUAUGGUCCACUUGAUUGUUCAUUUGGUGAGGGAAAUUAAGAUGUGUGGUCUGGUUUUUAUGAGGUACAUGUAUCCGUUUGAAAGAUAUAUGGGAAUAUUGAAAGGAUAUGUGAGAAACCGGUAUCGACUUGAAGGGAGUAUAAUUGAAGGUUAUGGUGCUGAAGAAGUCAUUGAUUUUUGUACUGACUAUUUAGCUAAUGUUGAGUCUAUUGGUGUUCCCAGAUCUCGUCAUGAAGGAAGACUCACCGGGAAAGGUACUAUUGGGUACAAAUCAUUUUCUCCACCUUUGCAGUUGCGAGAUAAGGCACACCAUCUCGUAUUGCAACACCUUUCUGAGGUCCAUCCAUACUUAGACCAACACAUGUCUCUUAUAAGACAACAAAAUCCUUUAAAAGGUGAAAGAUGGGUGGCAAUUGAACACAAUCGCACAUUCAUCACAUGGUUUAAAGAUACGGUGAUGAAAGAGUUAUCUCAAGUGCCAAAUAAUGUCAGUGAAACCAUCAAAUGGUUAGCAUAUGGACCUGAUUUUCUUGUGAGCUGUUAUGAAGCUUAUGACAUAAAUGGAUAUACAUUUUACACCAAACGACAAGAUGAAAAGAGUGUGGUGCAAAAUAGUGGGGUUACACAAGUAGCAUUAUCAAAAGAUUAUUCAAGUGCUAAAGAUACUAAAUCGAUUGAUGCUGCUAUGUCUUAUUAUGGUGUGAUUGAAGAAAUUUGGGAACUUGAUUACAAAGUCUUUAAAAUUCCUCUAUUCCGAUGUAGUUGGGUUGAUAAUAGAAGAGGCGUUCGGAUAGAUGAAUUGGGUUUUACUUUGGUUGAUUUUGAACGAUUGGGUUAUCAUGAUGAACCAUUCAUACUUGCAUCUCAAGCAAAACAAGUGUUUUAUGUUUCUGAUCCUAUUGAUAAUAAAUGGUCAAUUGUGUUACAAGGCAAAAAAUCUAUUGUUGGUGUUGGUGAUGUUGUGGAUGAAGAAGAGUAUGAUCAUUUUGAUGAAACUCCUCCCUUCUCUAUUGGUGUUCAGUCUUUACCUUUAGAAGAAGAUAACUUUGAAAUAAGUUAUAUGCGUAGCGACCAUGAAGAAGGAUUGUGGGUUGACAAUCGGACAUCAUAA